AUGGCGGUUCGUGUCCAGUUCGAAGGCAACAGCGAGGUCGGCGUCUUCUCGACGCUCACAAACAAAUACUGCCUCGUGGCCAUCGGAGGCUCCGCAAACUUCUACAGUGUGUUUGAAGGGGAAUUGUCUGACGCCAUUCCAGUGGUGUAUGCCUCUAUAGCAGACUGUAGGAUCAUCGGCAGACUGUGUGUGGGUAACAGACACGGACUCCUGGUGCCCAACACCACCACUGACCAGGAGUUGCAGCACCUGAGGAACUCCCUGCCUGACGAGGUCAAGAUACAGAGGGUUGAGGAGAAACUAUCGGCACUCGGAAAUGUCAUCGCGUGUAACGACUACGUGGCCUUGGUGCACCCUGACCUUGAUAAG